UUACUACUACACGCUGCUCAGACUUACAUGUCUUUUUCUCUUUAAAUGGCCUUUAAAUUAUUUUCCAGACUCGGUGGGUUUCCUCUCAGACUGAACUCUCCUCCUGUCGUCUUCAGGUUUUUGAGCUCCAGCUGCGGUUUAACUGUGAAUCACGACCGACAGAACCUCCGCUUCACCGUCUCUCCGGACAGCGGGGCCGGGUCCCAGGACUGUGCGGUGCUUCAGUACAAAUUCACUGGUGAGAAGGAAGUGGAUCUAAUGUCCACCUUUGUGCCAGAGACAUUUAGGGGCCAAGGUGUUGCUGCAGUGCUGUCACAGGCUGCGAUGGACUUUCUGGUCGAAGAAAACCUCAAGGCUCAUAUCUCCUGUUGGUAUAUAAAGAAAUACAUUGAAGAGCACCCACAUCAGCAUUACAAAGAACUUGUCAUUACAUGACUGCAGCCUGUUUAUCCAGUAAACCCUGGGAUAUUACCUCAAAUCAACUACAACCUCAUGUACCUUAAUGCACAGGACUACAGAGGCCAAAUGGAGGAUGUGAAGCUACCUGACCUGCACAAUCUGCAGAAACAUGAUCAUGAAUCCUGAUUAAUUUACUCUGGAUUUGUUGGAAAUUUCAUAUUGUUUUUAAAUGUACAGUAAUUUAAAGCCCAGGAACUAUGAGUAAAGGCUUUGUUCUUAGGUAAAUCAGAAAAUUGUAAUUUAUUUUUUUUAAAAUAUCAGAUUGCACAUUUAAUAUUUUGUCUGUCUGUAAAGUGUUGGGAAGCAUUAUUAAAAUAUUU